GAAUUCCAGAGCCUUUUUUUCUGUCCAGGUGCUCUUUGAGAAUGUGGUAAAAUCACUUCCUCCUAUCCAGCAGGGUGGAGACGCUGCGUUGUCAACCUGUUUCGGUGAGUCUCACUUCCCUGUUCCACAGCAAAGGACAAACAACACAAGGCAACAAGAAAGUUGAAUUCGGAAGUCAACUCUUCACACCAGAAGCGCCAAAUCACAACAGAAGUGGUCUCAGGGAACUUUACAGAUGGAGCAGGUCUAAAAACAGACUCCUCACUUAUUAAAAUACCAACUGAACCCUACGUAGGCAAGCACUAAGCGACGGAGGCAAGGAAAAACUCCUCCAAAUCAAACAGUCAGAAUGCUUUAUACAGAGUUACUGCAAUUGUGGAAUGAGUCAGUGCAUGCAAUGGAUAACAAGGACUGGCAAGGAGCUCUGGAAAAGCUGGAACAGAUCACUGAACCUACAUCUCAUACUCUCUUCAAUGCUGCAUCAGCACACCUGUGUCUGGGACAGCUGGAUUCCGCCCUUAAGGCUUUAGAUCUCACAAUUGUCAAGGAUCAACGUCUCUCCGUUGCAUUCUUCCAGAGAGCAGCAGUAAUGAUUCAGCUUGACAGGUUGGAAGAGGCUCUGUCUGACUGUGUCUGGGCACAGAAACACUUGAGAGGAAAUAUGGUCAUUGACUAUAGACAACUUGGGCUGCGUUACAAGCUCUACAGCUGGCAGGUGUUACAUAAUGCAGCAGCUGUGUACUGCCGAAUGGACCAGUGGGAGCAAGCCAGAGAUAUUCUCUUGUCAGAAAGUCAAGGGGGGAAUUUGGAGAUGGCUUUGGAUAGCAUCCUGAGAGAGGAAAUUUUUGCGCCCCUCCUGGUGCCUGAGGGUGUGGUGUUUCGUCCCAGAAAAAAGGAUGUGGAACAGCUCAAGCAGAGAGACUUCUUAGGAAAAGCAAAGGUGAUUUCCUCCAUGAUUCCAAAUGAUGAUUUUGGGGGAUUUGAACCUCUCCGGUUACAGAAACCUGGUUAUUAUCAGCCCAAAGUGGAUGGUGCUCAGGAGUCUCGCUACAUGUGUUUGGCAGUCCCUUACAUGGCUCGAGGCCCAGGCCAGUUGACAGUGCCAGGAGGUUCCAAGGUAUUUUUAUUCGAAGAUCAGGACAAGGAUGGGAUGGCAACUGUCAUAUAUGAUGGACAGAGAGGACUUGUGCCAAUGUCUUUGCUCAAGCCAGCAAAUAUCAAGAUGACCAAAGGCAAAACUGAGAAUACACUUCCUACUGGGAUUCCCCUCCCUCCAGGACUAAAGCCACCCGCUCGUCCACAAAAAUGGUCCCGUUCGGCAGCUCCUACUUUGGGAGGACAGUUAUCUUCAGAUAUAGCACCCCCGUCCUACUCGUCUGCCACCCAUACUCAACUGCCACCCCCAGAACCUCCCAACUACACAGCCGAUUCAGCCAGCAAUAAGGAUGACAACUCUGUCCAAGAAGCAGAAACCGACUCUGUGGUUGUAAAGGUUCACUACACGUACACUGUGGCACUGUCAGUACCCUCAACUAUUUCAUACCAUGAACUGAAGGAAGACAUUGCUCAACAAUUGGACCAGCCAGCAUCUUCUUUACGCCUCAGACAUAAGAAGCAUGGUUCUCGGCUACUGGUACCUCUGGAAUGGGAAUUAGAGGCAGGGAGGACCAUACAAGAGGUCUCAGAGGCCGGCAGAACAACUCUGUGGUGCCAGGUUGAAGAUUCUCUGCGCAACCAUACCAUCCGAUACCAAAUGGUGGCACUAUAUGAUUAUUCUGCUCAGGGUCCUGAGGAUUUGGAAUUCAGUGAAGGGGAUACCAUUGACAUCCUGGGUGAAGUGAACGAAGAAUGGCUGGAGGGACACUGUGCAGGGAAUAUCGGCAUCUUUCCCAGCAGCUUUGCCAUGAGGGAAAAUGAAAACUUUAUGUAGAUGUGAGAGUUUUGAAAACUGAGUUUUAGUGAACAAUAUUUCUGUGAGGUCCAAUCUGUUUCGAUGCAACCUUCAGUUAAGCCAAAUUGCUAAACACCUUUUACAUUACAUUUUGCUUUUCAUUGAUAACACGAACGUUUUUUUUCAGAAAAUUGUUGAAAACAUAAAUUGUGGUCGCAAUAUUAUAUUCCUUGAAGUUUUAUAAAAACAAUACUGGUCUCAUGUUGGUAAUUGAAAAUGAAGCAGUAAUGAAAUUUUGAAAAAAAUCAGCUUAGUUUACUUUACUUUACUUUUUUUACUUUUUUUAGUUUACUUCAAGAAAAAUGAGACAAAUCAAGUCAUUUGCUUUCAGAUGUCACUCUUAAUCUCAACAGAUUACACUGUAUCUGUAAAUUAUUCCCAGUUUUUAAUCUUUUCACAUUUUGUCACGUUAAAAAUUGAAUAAAUACCGCCCCAAAAUCUUUUGGGUGAAAUUGUUAAUUUUUAGAAAAAUAAUUGAAAAUACAUGUACAAUACAUAGUGGACAUAGCCACAGCCUUUCUUUAGCAAUCUUUGUUUUAUCAGACCAGAGAAUUUGGUCUCUGAAAGUACUUCAGGUGUCUUUGGGUAAACUCCGGGCAGGCUUCUACCUCAGAGGGCCUGAUUGAUGGUUUGCUGCUGAGAUGGUUGUCCUCUUAGAAGGUUCGACUCUUUCCGAAUAGGAAAGCUCUGACAGAAUGACAAUCAGGUUCUUGAUCACCUCUCAGACUAAAGCUCUUGGCCCCCAAUUGUUGGUCGGACAGAACCUCUUCCAGUUAUACUCUAGCUAAUGGAAGAGAGUGGCGUCGUUAGGCCUAUUUUAGGCCUAAAAUGUUUGUUGAAUGUGGCCGAAUGUGGUGUAUAUAUAGAUGUGUGUGUGUGUGUGUGUGUGUGUAUAUAUAUAUAUAUAUAUAUAUACACACACACACACACACAUACGCACAUAUAUAAUCUGUAUCUGGAAUAUAUAUAAACAUAUGUAUAUACAGUGGGUACGGAAAUUAUUUAGUCCCCUUAGAUUUUUACUCUUUGUUAAAUUGCAGCCAUUUGCUAAAAUCAUUCCAGUAACAAAAAAAUUUCCUGUUUAAUGUACACACAGCACCCCAUAUUGACAGGAAAAAAACUUAAUUUUUGAUUUUUUUUUUUUGCUGAUUUAUUAUAAUGAUGAUGAUGAUUUUUACUUUAAAAAAGAAAAACUGAAAUAUCACACGACCAUAAGCAUUCAGACCCUUUGCUGUGACACUCAUAUAUUUAACUCGGGUGCUGUCCGUUUCUUCUGAUCAUCCUUGAGAUGGUUCUACACUUUCAUUGGAGUCCUGCUGUGUUUGGUUAUCUGCGAUUGGCUGGCAACCAGUUCAGGGUGUACCCCGCCUCCUGCCCGAUGAUAGCUGGCUCCAGCACACCCGUGACCCUAGUGAGGAGAAGCGGCUCGGAAAAUGGAAUGGAUGUGUUUGAUUAUACUGAUUGGACUUGAUUAGGAAAGCCACACACCUGUCGAUAUAAGACCUUACAGCUCACAGUUGCAUGUCAGAGCAAAUGAGAAUCAUGAGGUGAAAGGAACUGCCUGAAGAGCUCAGAGACAGAAUUGUGGCGAGUCACAGCUCUGACCAAGGUUACAAAAAAAAAAAUCUGCUGCACUUAAGGUUCCUAAGAGCAGAGUGGCCUCCAUAAUCCUUAAAUGGAAGACGUUUGGGAUGAGCAGAACCCUUCCUAAGGCUGGCUGUCCGGCCAAACUGAGCAGUUGGGGAAGAAGAGUCUUGGUGAGAGAGGGACAGAAAAACCCAAAGAUCACUGUGGCUGAGGUCCAGAGAUGCAGUCGGGAGAUGGGAGAAAGUUCUAGAAAGUCAACCAUCACUGCAGCCCUCCACCAGUCGGGGCUUUAUGGCAGAGUGGCCCGACGGAAGCCUCUCCUCAGUGCAAGACACGUGAAAGCCCGCAUGGAGUUUGCUAAAGACUCCAAGAUGGUGAGAAAUAAGAUUCUCUGGUCUGAUGAGACCCGGCUAGAACAUUUUGGCCUUAAUUCUAAGCGGUAUGUGUGGAGAAGGCACUGCUCAGCACCUGUUCGAUACAGUCCCAACAGUGAAGCAUGGCGGUGGCAGCAGUAUGCUGUGCGGGGGUGUUUUUCAACUGCAGGGACAGGACGACUGGUUCCAAUUGAAGGAAUUGAUGAAUGCGGCCAAGUACAGGGAUAUCCUGGACAAAAAAAAACGUCUCCAGCGUACUCAGGGCCUCAGACUGGGCCGAAGGUUCACCUUCCAACAAGACAUUGAUCCUAAGCAAACAGCUAAAAUAACAAAGGAGUUGCUUCAGAACAACUCUGUGUGUGUGUGUGUGUGUCUAUAUAUAUAUAUAUAUAUAUAUAUAUAUAUGUAUAUAUAUAUAUAUAAAAAUAUGUAUAUGUUACUGACUGUAAGGUAGUGGUAGGGGAGAGUGUGGCUAGACAGCAUAGGAUGGUGGUGUGUAAGGUGACUGGUGGUGGGGAGGAAGAUUAGGAAGACAAAGGCAGAGCAGAAAACCAUGUGGUGGAAGCUGAGAAAGGAAGAGUGUUUUGCAGCUUUUCGGGAAGAGGUGAAACAGGUUCAUGGUGGACAGGAGGCGCUUCCAGAAGACCGGACCACUGCAACCAAGGUGAUAAGAGAGGCAGGCAGGAGAGUACUUGGUGUAUCUUCUGGUAGGAAAAUGGGAGAAGGAGACUUGGUGGUGGAACCUCACAGUACAGGACCUCAUACAAGGAAAGAGGUUAGCUAAAAAGAAGGGGGGCACUGAGAUGGCUGAAGAAAGGAGAAAGGAAUACAUGAGAUGCGACGUAGGGCGAAGGUAGAGGUGGCAAAGGCCAAACAAGAGGCAUAUGAUGACAUGUAUGCCAGGUCGGACAUUAAAGAAGGAGAAAACGAUCUAUACGGGUUGGCCAGACAGUGGGAUCGAGAUGGGAAGGAUGCGUAGCCGAUUAGGGUAACGAUAGAGAAAUGUGUUGACUGGUGGCAGCGUCGUACUGGAUAGAUGGAAAGACAACUUUGAGGAGUUGAUGAAUGAGGAAAACCGAGAGAAAGAAGAGUAGAAGAGGCAAGUGUGCUGGACCAGGAAGUAGCAAUGAUUAGUAAGGGAAGUUAGAAAAGCAUUAAAGAGGAUGAAAAAUGAAAAGGCAGUUGGACCUGAUAACCACAAAUGCAUUAUUUGCCCUGAGGGUGUUGAUGGAGGAGUACAGAGAAGGUCAGAAGGAGGGACUGCAUCAGGGAUCAGCCCUGAGCCCCUUCCUCUUUGCAGUGGUGAUGGAUAGACUGACAGAUGAGGUCAGACAAGAGUCCCCGUGGACCAUGAUGUUCGCAGAUGACAUUGUAAUCUGCAUUGAAAGCAGGGAGCAGGUGGAGGAACAGUUAGAAAGGUGGAGGCAUGCACUGGAAAGGAGAGGAAUGAAGAUUCGGCGAGGUAAAACAGAAUAGGUGGAAGAAGUGGCUGGGGUGAGGGAAGUCUGGGCUUCCCUGCUGAGGCUGCUGCCCCCGAGAUCCGACCUCAGAUAAGUGGAGGAAAACGGAUGGAUGGAUAUAUAUAUAUGGAUAGAUAAAACGGAUAUAUAUAUAUAUAUAUAUAUAUAUACCCAGGACUGGUCGCCAGGCAAUCACAGGGCACAUAGAAACAAACAACCAUUCCCACCUACGGACAAUUUGGAGUGUUCAAUCAAACUACCACGCAUGUUUUUGGGGAUGUGGGAGGAAACCGGAGUACCUGGGAGGAAAAAAAAAAUCAUCAAUGACAGGCCCGUAUCAAGAGUUGGCCCAUGUGAUUUCGAGGAGCGCACAUGAAAACCACCUGCAGUACUUUUGAUGACGAAACAGCUCAAAACAGCUUAAAUGGAAGAGGAGGUGGAGGCAGGUGCCACAGUUGGCCGAGCUGUUUCAAAGGCGCUGAGAACCUCCACCUACCUUCCACUUGUCCAAGUGCGGCAAAGGAGGACAGCGACGAGAAGAAAUGUGAAACCAGUUGUCUUGUUUGAGGUGUUUUUGUCAAAACUGAAUCAACCGUCUGAGGAGAGGCCACUAGAAAAACUAUGUGUUACAUGUGUCUCAGCCACCGUAGUUUUUGCUGUUGCUGUAAAUGUUUAUUUUAUCAGAACGAAUUUUUUUGCAAAGGCAUUUCAAAAGAAGACAGAACCACAAAAAAGAGAACGAUACCUGUAUUUUGUCAUCUUUAAUUCCCGCGAUGCGCCUAUCCUUUUUGUUAAGAGCAUACACUGUGUUGCUUACAUUUACGAUGCACAUCAAAUGGGAGGGAUGUUACAGUAUGGAUUUAAUGAUACCAUUUAUAGCAACUCAAUUAUUCAUCAGGUAUUUACAACAAGAAUAGACAUUUCAAUCAGAAGCACAAGUACGAUAGAAUUACAACAUAUCCCAAGGAAAUGGGCAACAACACAGAAAAUAAAGGGAGACAGCACAUUGAUUGACAAAAACAAAGGGGAGAUUGGUAUCUAUGCGCACCCAAAUAUGCCCAAUAUGGAUUUUUCAAUCAACAAAACAUUUUAACUGAAGUAUUUUCUAGUUUCGUCUUCGAGCUGGCAAAUGUAAUUAAUUGG